UAUCAGUUUACAAGUUGUCCAGAGAGAAGAGAGAGAACAGACACAGUCAUCAGACCUCUACAGCCUGUAGGUUACCAGCUACCAUUGGCUAAGAUGCACUGAAAAGAAAUACCCAGACAAAAAGGUUGUUCACCUUGGCAACUCCUCCGUUUAGUCAUGCCCAUAGCAGAUCUGCUGGGUGUCCAGUUCGACAUGCAACUGCUGGGGAAGCUGACGUGUUCCGUGGCCGCUGUUCUGCUCAUCUCCUGGGCUUACAGGUUCUACAGCUCCAGGGGUACAGCAGCUAAACCCCAGCUCUAUGUGAGGCCUCCUCCAGACAGGCCCACUGAAGCACCCAUUGGAACCUGUCUGAACUGCAAGAUGGAACUGCGAGCUCCAAGCACAGUCAAACAUGACACAAGAAGUGAUGGGGACAAACAGCCCGGCCACUCACAGAGUGAUGACCUGACACCUGACAAGACCAAUACAGGGACAGGGGAAGGAAAAGUGACCCAGACUGAAGAAGCAGGCAAGUUCACAAACACUAAGGAAAUGGCUGCAUUGCAGGAGGAAUCGAAUGUAGAGGAGGACAACAGCUUGGAGUUGGAGGAAGAUUUCCCCGUGUUUGUUGAGGAGGCUGAGAUUAAGACCAAUAAUUGUAUGUUUGGAUCCAUCUUGAAACUCCCUGAUCCUAAUGACAGUGGGCUGGCCAGCCCAUCAGGCCGUCGAUCCCCUUGCUUUCUGCAGAGGCUGGAGGGCAGUGUGGGGCUGGGUGUCGGCAGAGAGCUGCGGCAGGACCUGGGGCUUCAGGGGGCCUACUCCAGCUUUCUCUCCAAGGCAGAGAUCACAGUGGAGGAUGCCAACCUUGUGAUGGAAGGACCUGGGGACCAGAGCAUUGUGCGGGGAAAGAUCUAUGAAUACUUUGUGGAAUCUUCCUCUCACUCCAUCACAGACUCCAUAUUGGGUCAGUUUGAGGGGAAUUCACUGGACUCACAGUCUGUGAAAUUUGGAAGCCGUGGCAGCAGCCUCACUGAGCCUCCCUCGUCCCUAAGCCCCAUCAUCAUGCGUGAUCUGGUUUUGCCACAGAGUCCUGAUGAGAGGCCGUUCUCCCCAGUUAGUCCGGAGCCCACAUCUCCCAUCAAGCCGGGUCUUAUACGCAAGGAGAGCUACCUCACAGCGGCUGAACAUUCAGAACUCCUGAUCACCUCUCUGAUACCCAGAGCCUCGACCCAGCUGAGGCCCCACUCUCAGGCCUAUUCAUCAGGGGAUCCCAGCCCUGUCAGUCCCCUCAGUCCCACAACAAACACCAGGGGCCCCAGUGCAUGGGAGAAGCCCAGCCUAGAAACCAUAGCUGGGGCUAGAUUUGUAAAUCUGCCUCAAGAAAACAUGGGCAGCUCAGAGUUGGAGAGCUUAAAGGCCAAACUUGAUUUGGGCAACUGCAUGGAGGUGCUGGAGCUGUCUAAGAAGCAUGGGCAGGCCCCUCUGCAGCAGGCAGCCCUCAGAGUGAUGUCUGACAACUACUUCCAGGUCCUCAGGGACCCAGGUCUGUAUGGGAUGCUGAGAGCAGGCGAGCGGGAUGAGAUUCAGAAACAGCGCAUGAGAGGAAGGCAGUUCUUAGUGGCAGCCAACAUGGUCCCUCAGGACUGGGUGGGGAGUAGUCCUCAAGGGACAAAAACAGAGCAGCGAGCCACCAACAAGCCAUCCAGUGGUCUCUACUGCUAUGAUGAUUAUAUAGACAGCUGGCACCCAUUGUGUCCCAUCCCGCAGGAAGUCAUCUCCAAAGGCUGUGCCGUGUGCACUAUGGACAACUACUUAUUUGUAGCAGUGGGGGGCUGCCAGCAGGGCGCAGACAGAGAGAUGAAACCUUCCAAGAGAGUGUUCUGCUACAACCCUGUAACGUCCAUUUGGAAAGAGAUCAGUCCUAUGAAUGAGUCCAGGCCCCACUGCAAACUGGCAGCCCUGCAGGGCUGCAUCUAUGCCAUCGGAGGGGAGUGUCUGUCUACCGUAGAGCGCUAUGACCCCCGCUCUGACAGAUGGACUUUUGUGGCCCCACUGCCCAAUGAUACAUUUGCUGUGGCCCAUCAUGUCACGGUGUGCAAUGGGGAACUCUUUGUUCUAGGGGGAACACUGAGAUACACACUGUUGCGCUACAACCCAAAAACCAAUGUGUGGAGGAAAAGCGCAAUAACGGGAAGCAAAAUGAGGACCACCGAGAUAGUGGGAGUAGGAAACUUUCUGUAUCGAUUUGAUGUCAACCCACAGCUAGGCAUCAGUGUGUACCGCUACCACACCGUGGCACGACUAUGGUAUGAAUGCUGCACCAAACGCCUCGCCCACUGCCCUGCCUUUCAGUGUGUUGUUGUGGACGACACCAUCUACUGCAUAUGCCACCAGUUCACCAUGAGGUUCCUGGCUGAUGAGAUCUCUCCGAGCUUCAUAGCGGAUGAUUUGAGUGUCCUCACUGCAGCUAAGGGCAUCCUUUUCCCCUUUGUUCUCUCACUUCCUGAUAAGAAAGCUCUCCAGACCAGUGUGUGACCAGGAAUGAUUCUCCUCAGCACAGACAAGGACAGAGCAGUGAGGGAGUAUCUCGUGUUUUUAUGCACCCAGGCCAUUUUCAUAGCUGAGAGUGUCCUACUGGGAAGCACAGCUAUCUUAAUCAGAGGCAAUGAAAGUAAAAUAUUAACGCCAUUAAUGGUAAUUAGACUACUGCUUGUUUAGAUUUAUUCAGGGUGUACUGCCAUAGAAACUCCAUGUUUUUGCUGCUUGUUCUUUUCAUUUCCCUCCUCCCUUGCACUACAGAGUUACUUCUAAAUCAUGCAAAUAUAAAAAUAAUUAAUCAACAAGUCUUAAGUUAAUUCACUCAACCAUAAUGCUUUGAAGUACUGGGUUGAUAUGAUAAUAAUCCAUCACAGAGGGCAUCUGUGUAGGGUACAAACAUUACUCACACAGGACUGGACUCAAUACAAUUAUCCACAGUUGGUCUGUAAAUAUGACACAAUGUAGAAGGUUGUGACAGAGCAUAAUGUACUGUAUGUGAGCUUCAAUAAACAAAAGUCAAUGCUACUUUUGAAUCUCUUCUAAGAUUGGAGUAUAGUAUUCACCUGUUUUCUUCUGCUGUUGUUUUCAACAUUGUUGAUAUUAGAAGUUAUUAAUGCACCAACAUAAUGAAUGACUGUGAUGAAAGUACUCUUGAUUUUCUAAACAAAUAUUUAUCGUUACAUUUGUACAAUAUUAAUCAGCAGAAGAAAGAAAUAUGCAAAAAUAAUAAAAAACUGAAAGCAGUUCAGCAUUGUGUUGGCAGUUAAGUCAUGUUGUUGAAUCAUGAUUUAAAUGAAAUAUGUUUUCCUUCCAGACAGUGACUGAUUUUCAAUGAUAAGUCAUCAACAAUUUAACAAACAGAGCUCUGCUGUGUGAUGUGUCGUGUCUGACUGUAGAGUAAAUCAAUGAAUUUGUAGGAUGAUAGAUGUGGCAGUUAAUUGAUGUGUUGCAUAAUUACCACAACAAUAUACAUGUUUGAAUGAAUGUUUAAAUGUCUAAUAGUUUUUUCAUUCAAAUCGAGUUGUCUCACAAAGAGCAAUCAUUGACUAAGAAUAAUUGAGUGGCACGACACCCUUGUCUGGGAUUCCAUUGUGUGACAUGUCGCUAUAGCGCCAUCAUGUGGUCUGACUAACCAAACAUACAAAGGAGUAAUUGAUAACACUUGGAUCUACCCACAUUUUCUGACUCACACAAAAAUCAACUUGA